AUGAAAGAACCGGAGCAACAACAAACCACAGAAGAAGAGAAAAUGCAAGAUCUCAGAUUCAAAGCCAACGGGCUUCUCCAUAGAGACGAAUGGGAACAAUCAAUUCAAACAUAUUCCCAAUUCAUCUCUCUCUGCCAAACCCAUAUCUCUAAUCCCCAAACCCGACCCGACCCGAAACUCCAAAAAUCCCUCUGUUUAGCCUUCUCCAACAGAGCCGAAGCAAGAUACAAAACCCGUGAUUUUGAUCAAGCUCUCAAAGAUUGUGAUGAGGCAUUGCAAAUUGAAAACCCCCAUUUCAAAACGCUCAUGUGUAAAGGUAAGAUCUUGCUUAAUCUUGAUAGAUACAGUAUGGCUUUAAACUGCUUCAAAGUUGCAAAUCUUGAUUAUCCCAGUAAUCAAGAUUCUGAAACCUUAAAUGGGUAUUUGGAAAAAACGAAAAAGCUUGAAUUUUUAUCAAGAUCUGGAGCAUUUGAUUUUAGUAAUUGGGUUUUAAAUGGGUUUAAGGGUAAUUUUCCUGAGUUAGCAGAGUAUAUUGGCGCUUUAGAGAUCAAGAAAUCUGAGAUUAGUGGUAGAGGAUUGUUUGCAACGAAGAACAUUGAUGUUGGUUCUUUGUUGUUGGUCAAUAAAGCUAUAGCAACCGAAAGAGGGAUAUUGCCAGAAUCCAAAACUCAAGAUUUGGGUGAAAAUGCUCAAAUGGUAAUGUGGAAGAAUUUCAUAGACAAAGUUGUUGCAUCAACUUCAAAUUGUAAAAGAACACAAUACUUGAUUUCAAAGUUGUCUGCUGGUGAGAAUGAGGAAGAUCUUGAGGUUCCUGAUAUAAGUAGUUUUAGGCCCGAAUAUGAGCAAGAGUGUGGCUUUUUGGAUGAAAAGAUUGAUAUGGGAGUCAUGUUAAGCAUAUUGGAUGUGAAUUCACUUGUUGAAGAAACAUUUUCGAGCAAAUUUUCGGGUAAAAAUGGCGAUUAUCAUGGUGUUGGGAUAUGGGUUUUGGCUUCUUUUAUCAAUCAUUCGUGUAACCCUAAUGCGAAAAGAUUUCACAUUGGUGACCAUGUGAUUGUUCAUGCUUCGAGGGAUAUAAAAGAAGGUGAAGAGAUCACAUUAGGCUAUUUUGAUGUUUUUUCACCUUUGAAAACCCGAAAAGAAAUGACAAAGAAUUGGGGGUUUGAUUGUCAUUGCAAAAGGUGCAAAUUUGAGAAUGGUGUUUCUGAAAAACAAGAAAUGGGAGAGAUUGAAAUGGGGUAUGAAAGAGGGGUUGAUGUUGGUAACAUGGUGUAUAAGUUAGAGGAGAGUAUGAGGAGGUGGAUGGUAAGAGGUAGGAUGAAAGGGUAUUUAAGAGCUUCAUUUUGGAAGGUUUAUUAUGAACUUUUUGUAUCGGAAAAGUUGAUGGUGAAGUGGGGGAGGAGAGUUCCGGCGAUGGAGGUGGUGGUGGAGAGUGUCGUUGAGGCGGUUGGCGGUGAUGAGAGGGUAUUAAGGGUGGUUGUUGAAGGGAUGAAGAGGAAUGGUGGUAGUGGUGGUGUGGUGGAGAUGGAAAAGGCAAUGAAGUUAGGAAGGGGUGUUUAUGGGAAGGUCAUGAAGAAGCAAGCAAUGAGAAGUUUAAUUUGUUGA